AUGUGUACUUUAUUAAAAACAAUUGCAUAUGGAACUCGUAUAACGCCAACGAUAGCUAAAAAUAUUAUCGGAUCUUUUCCGGAACGCAGUUUACUCGAUUGUGCACAAGUUUCUUUCCACGAUGUGGAGAGAACAUCCAUCACUAGGCUACAUAAUGGUCAUUACCCAUCAAUUUCAGCAGUUCUUGGAUGUACACAAUCACAACAACAGCUGUACUGGUGGCAACUAAAAAUGAUUAAACAACUUGGUGGCUUAGCUGCUUUCAGAAAAUAUAUGAGAGAACGCAUUGAUUUGGGCGUCAGAUACCACUCUUUUAUCCAGCAGUUGUUAACUUCUUGGCGCAAGGAUGGCGGAAAUAUCAGUGAAAUCCAUCAUCGUCUCCUUGAGAAGCUUGACGAUGGCAUCUCUGGAUAUGCACGUAGUGCAUCGCACAUACUUUUUUCUUUACAACUAUCGAAUGAGAUGCGUCUGGAACAAUUUACAACUCAUCAUCGUCUUUGUUAUCAUGGACGAUUUGACGCUAUAAUUCGUUAUAAAGAUGCUUUAUUUUUGAUGGAUUGGAAGACUUCGAGUUCGGGUUCAAAAAAAGAACAAAGUUCAGUAUUGUCGACGAUGUAUAAUGACCCUCUACAGAUAGCUGCAUAUAUAGGUGCUGUUAAUAGUGAUCCAGUUUAUUCUGAUUUACCAAAGAUAGCUAAUGGCGCUGUUGUGGUUGCGAAAGAGAGUGGAGUUUGUGCCACUGUUGUAGAAAUGAAUUUCAGAGAAAUAGAGUUUCUCUUCGGUUAUCGCCAAUUAUUUCAGGAUUAUUGGCAGAAAUGGUUAAAAUGUUUGAAGAAAUUUUGGGGCGAAUUAGAAUCAAGACCCUCAUCUCAAGGCACCGUUUCGUUCAUAUCUUCUGGAUAG